AGUGGAGAACUCGACAAGGGAUGCACGAUAUGUUUUUCACGUCUGUCGGGACCUUCUGCUCAGAAGAAAAAACUUCAAGGAUAAGAUUUUGGAUGUGGAAACAAAAUUACGCUCCAAGCUUUCUGCCUCACCAGAUAUUGACAUGACGGUGCCUCCAACAAUGAGUUUUGCCCCUGCCCUUUCCAGUACACCAACAGGACACUGCCCACCCCCACCAAAUAAGAGAUUAGCAUUGGGCAGUGAUUUUCUUGCCCGAAAUAUUAUCAAGUCAUGCUCUGAUGAAGGUCAAGGAGGCCCUCAAAGGAAAAUGUCAAAAUCGGUCAAAGCAAUAAAUUUUGGAGGAAGUGGCCAGACACAAGUUACUGUCAGAGUGAAUUGGACAAGCAAAGUGAAAAAGAGAAAGCUGCCCCAUGACUUGGCAUCAUUAGGAAAAAUGCUGUCUCAUGGAACGUACAAACAGAUGGCCAAUGCUGCUUUGAGGCAUGACAGAAUUCGCGGAGCCUUGACUGGAUUCAUGCUUAAGGAAAUCACUAAGAAUGCAGGGCUCUAUGUUGAAAAGGGUCUGAGGGAAACAACAAAAAAGCAACUAAAAAAAUUUUCAGAUGUACAAGCAAGAAGGAUGUUGUCAGUUUCCAGUUUGAGAAAAUGAAGGAAUUAAUGGUAAACGAGGCACCACUUUUUUGGCACAUUUUGCAAGCUGCUGCUCUAAGGCAUAAGAAGAACCCAUCAGAAAGCUCCCACCUGACUUCAUGUGUUUGUAUGGCAGUCUCUGUUUGCCUCAAAAACAGAUCACCAAAAAUGACAAUAUUGCAGUUGCUCAUAAGCAUAAUUAUGCAACACUCUGGAAAUAUGGUAAUUGUUGUGUUUAGAAAACUGAAAGACUUUAAACUUCUAGACCUUUAAAGUUUUAUAUUUAGAAUGAUUCUUCAGCCCAUCUCAUUUUAGUGGUAUGCCCUGGGUGCAGCACCAAAACAGUGAUGAAAAAUACAUUUAAGAUUAUAGGGAAAACUGCCUAAAAAUUCUCUAAUGAAAUGAAACACUGUAAAAGGCCUCUUAAUUUCUCUUGAAACAACAGUAAAAGAUGCUUUUUAUGAUACAGUAAUAGCCUCUAGAUUGGAAGCUUAUGUGCUAGCAGUUUUCUUGUUUUUGCCUUGAAGAGCAGACUAAGAAGAUUAAAGGCUUUGCGCCUAGUUGUUUCACACCAUUUUCUUUACAAGAAACUGGAUGAAUUUGGCAAAAAUCACGAGUCGUUCCUUAAGGAUCAAGCAUUCAAAACAUCUUUGGACAGAAAAGUGGUGGUAGACAAUUUUUUAUUUGAAGGACUAUUCCAUGACAUAAUAACAAAGGACUAUUCCAUGACAGAGGGUCACCAGAAUCAUGAUGAACAUCGGGUGUCAGUGGCAGCAGUUGAAAACAGGAUUCAUGCUGAUAGUCUGUCCACUGAGUGCCCAAUGAAAACUGGGACUAUCAACAUGGAAAAUCUAAUGGCGCUUCCAAAUAUCACUAAUCACAAAAAGCAACGUGAGAAUUAUAUUGAUUUGUGUGGCAAGAUUGCUUGUGCCAGUAUCAAAUCUCUUGAAAAGUUUAAGGAUGUUGCUGUUCAUCAUAUAAAGCAUGCAUAUUCUGCUCAGGCAAGAAGGGGAACAGACACUAAAUUUGUUGGAAUGAUUUAUACAAACUCAAAUGAAUCAGCAGAGAUGGAGGAAAUAAUGAAGGAAAUUCACUCAAAGUAUGUCCCUUGCAAUAAUGGGAAAUGCAGUUCGCUUGCAAUUGUUGGUGAUCAAGGAACUGUUGAAAGAGGAGUGAAUGUUUUGCUACAGUUGAGUAAUGGCUUUGACGAAGUUGAAUGGCUUGAUGGCUUACACUUGAAAGUUGGAGAUUUUCAUGCAGGAAUGAAGUUCUUGCAAUUUGGAUAUGACCAAUUCUAUAAUGCAAAAUCAGUGAUGGACAAGUGCACAAUUUUUAGUGAUAGAACUCUUAUAAACCGCCGAAAUGUUGUCACUGAUGUGUCAAAGCGCUUUGAUGCAAAUAAGAAGUUUUUUUUGCUUGAAGUCCAUGCAAGGAUUGUUGCUGCACUUUUAGUGAUUCUUGGCAUAAAGGAUAUAGAAGAGCAAAUAUCAGAGGGGAUCUUACCAAAAUAUAUUUGUAGCAAAUCCAAAAAAGAGAGAAUAUUUCCAUGGAUUAUGCAGCAGGGUUGUAGAUGAAUAUGUAUUGAAUGCCGAUAAAAAUGGAGAUCUCUUGAAAAAAGAAGCAUACUCAGAUUGGCUCAAAUCAGUGAAUCCCAAAACAUAAGAUGGCCGCUUUGCUUGUAGAGAAGUGGGUUGUAGCAAGGCUUUUACUUUUGACGGCAAGGCAAGAUUGAAUAAUGAACAUCACAUUGCCUACAUAAAGGAAGAGAUGAAAUUGAAAAAAAGAACAGUGAUAUCGAUGCUAUGUUUAACUACCAAAGAUCACUUUUCGAUUUUGGUGCUAUCGUUCUAAACUUCUACGAUGCCAUUUCAGAGGGAGAUGGUGCACGACUUGUAAGGUGCUGGAAAUUUAUGCUCCCAUAUUUGAAAGCUGAUGGUCCGAAGAGUCGAAAGUAUGCUCUUGAAGCACUUUACCUCAUCAUUCAAGUUGAGGCUUUUCUUUCCCAGAAGGAUGCUCAUAGAUUGAUCUGGAAUAGAUUCCACAAAUCCAUAGAGAGUCGUGGUAGCAAUAUACCCAUGGAUUUGAUGAUAGAGCACAACAAGAAUUUCAUGAAGAAUGCAAUAAGGUCCUUGGGACCAAACAGCACAAAUAAAAAAGCAGUUGAUCGGAUUGCAAAAACUGUGACAGUAACAAAAAAAUUAGUGGACAACUUGACCGUAGGUGUGAUAUCUAUAAAGGGUCAGGUAAGCACACUGAAACAUCAGCAAAGAAGGACUUGAAGAAAAUUGCUCAAAAAAUUAUGACAAGUGGUAGAACAUACAAGGUAUUUGAUGGAAUGCAAGAAUCUCUUCUAGAAGACUUUGAUUUGCAUGGUAUGUAUGCUUGGAUAAUGAAUGCAGCACAAAAAAAGAUCAUGAUGAAGAGGGCAAGAAGAUGACUUUGAAUGCAUCACAAAGCAUAAUUGUGUAGCUUCAGAAAUAUAACUUUCUUAAAAU